UAAAAUGCUCAACAAUUCUCGAAAGAGAAAAGCUUUUUCACCAUUAAGUCUUACCUAUCAAUCUAAGUUAGCAAAAAUAACAACAAUUGAUCCCAACUCAAAUGAUGGAUCGUUAUUAUCUGAAAAAUCUUGCAAGAAUGAUUUAACUCAGCAUAAAAUAAAAACUUUUUCAGAAUGUUCGCCGGCAACACAGAAUUAUGUGAAAAAUACUUGGGGUUCAGGUAACGUCAAAGAAAAUAGUGGUGUAUAUAGUUCACCAAAUAUAUCCAAUGCAUCUAAGAAUCCUAAUAAUACAGUACUCGAAAAGAAAAUAAAAUAUAUACCUGAUUGUUCACCGAUGACGCAAAAUAUGAUAGCAAACCAUAGAGUAGAAUAUUUGGAACCACAAGAAGAAUUGGAUUUGUUAACUUGUUCCACAAAUUUAAGUUCUACACCUCCAAAAUUAAAAAUAACAAACAAUGUACAACUCUUUAGUUUCUCUGAUGAUUAUAAUGAGGAAUUACAACAUUGGGAACAAGAAAAGAAUAAAGAAAAUAUCAAUUUUUAUUUUGACAGCAAUAUUGUAAAAGAUUCUACAUCACCGUUUAAGUUUUAUUCUGUUCCUAGUAGCUUAUCUAAUAAUAAUUCCGACAGAGAAACCUUAUUACUAAGUGGAGUUACAUUCUUAAGUAUUUCACAAACAUCUAAUUUUGAAAAUGAUCAAUUGAAUUUUGAAAAAUUUUAUUUGGUACUUUCAUUAAUUUAA